AUUGGCUACAGGCGCACUUAAGAAUCCAGGAAAGCUCCCAAAAAGCGCGAGCCAUAUCAAUGUUGAAUUUUAACACGGUUCCCAGAUAUUUUCGUGUUAUUGCAAUAAUCGGACCUGCGCGUUACUAACGACAGUAAGGAAGCCGCUACAAGAAAAACGCAUUCUGUGGCUAGCUGAGCUUAGGGGAAGGAUAACUUAUAUUAAUUCGUUUUGCUUUUAUGUAAUGCUACUGGAAUUGCUUUGAGGAAAUAGUUUAAAACACAGUCUAUUGCGCAAACAAUUAAAGAGAAAUUUCGAUCAUUUUGUUUAAUUUAUCUGGCGGUACGGAUAGCCAACUCUGUCCGUGACUGUCCGUGACCCAGAGCUAACGAUGCUAGGUUGCGUCCAACUGGCGCUUCUCGCGCUGCUGUGCGGCGAGGUCACCACGGGACCGAAGGUGGUCAAGAAGCCGCCGCGCGCCCGUCCGUGCCUGGACUUACCGGAAGAGAUCCUUGAGCAAAUGUUCGGUCGGCUCUCGGUCGGCGUCCUCAGCGCCUUCCACCACACACUUCAGCUCGAGCCCGCGGAGAGCGGAAACCUCACCUGCCCGUCAGCGGGUCGCGCGAGCCCAAGCAGCAAGUCCAGGGCGCCCGUCAACGUGCUCAGCAUCUCCCCCUGGGCGUACAGAAUAACCCACGACCCCGCGCGGUACCCCCGCUUCAUCCCGGAGGCGUACUGCCUGUGCCAGGGCUGCCUGCUCGGCCCGCGCGGCGAGGAGAGCGUGCGCCACCGCAGCGCCCCCGUCUACAUGCCCACCGCCAUCCUGCGCCGCGCCGGCACCUGCGCCGGCGGCCGCCACACCUACGUGGAGCGCUACGUCUCCAUCGCCGUGGGCUGCACCUGCGUGCCGCUCCUGGAUGAGCGCCCCGUGGCCAGAAACCAGAGCCGGGAGGGGGAGGAGCGGAGAACCGGCGCGCGGAGCAAACCGCACAACCGCUCGGCCCGCUAGGCGACACGCGCUCCUCACAGCUCGCUCCUGAACGGACCUGUUCAUUUGAAUUGAUCGAGAACGGGGCGGAGUUCAAUGGCAUCGAGACAGAGAAAUAGGUACGACUCCAAAAUUCUCACCACCGGAUAAGUCGAGAGUCCAAGACAUGACCUGCAUUUCAAAUUAGUUUCUCAACCAUAAAGCAAAUACUGCCAUCUGCUGAAAACCUGUGGUCAUAACAUCACAACUUCUCAGGUUAGGACUCUGCGCUGAGUGCGGGGGAGGGAGGGAUAUUAUAUUGUGCCACAAAAUUAACUCGGAAACAAAUUCGGAUUGCGUGAGAAGGACUUUCAAUAUUUAUUAAUCAAUACCUAUUUUUCCUCUUGUGUUUAUAAUAGAUAUGUAUGUAUUCUGUAGGCUUUUUCAUAGGUAUCACUAUUUUGUGGGAAUUGUGAUACAGCCAUACCCCUCAAUUAUGAAAUUUGUAUGACUCUCAUAACUUUGUAAACUUUGAUAUUUGUAUUUUUCAAAAAUAAAAAAAGUUAUGAAAUAUGCUAUA